UGCAGGACAGCUGCCGGCGAUAAAGAUCCAACUUGCGACAGCCCACCACGAGAGACCGAGCCGUCAUGGCGGACAUUGGUUGGCUGUCUGAGCACAUGGAGAUUCCCACUGUCGGAGUGGCGUAACCGUUCUGCUGCAGACAUAUUAAGGCAUUCCAGACCCGUCCUUCCCACAUUCUCCCGGUCUCCUCCCUUGAUUGUCUCACGUUCCUUCCCAAAGCUUGUGGUCGCACAUACCUCACGUACUGUUUGUUGGCUUAUCACGGCACCCUGUUGGCUGACCUCAACCUAUUCCAAUCCCAACCAUCACAAAAAAUCAACGGCAAUACCAAAACCAUGUCCAGCGCAAAGACCACCUCUGUGCCAGACGGCGAUGUACCGCAGCUGAACACCCUCCGCCACCUUCUCACAUAUCCCGCCGUUCAGGAUAGCGUCAGGGUCUUCAAGUCGAACCCGCUUGGGAGGAUGUCCAUUCAGCUUAGCAACUCGGCGUACAACAUGACGGCGCCCAUGCUGUCGAUGCUGAACAAGCCGUACGGGUAUGUGGAGCCCUACGUGAAGCGGGUGGACGAGCUCGGCGACCAGACGCUGUCCAAGGUGGAGGAGAAGUUUCCGGUCGUCAAGAAGCCGUCGCCCGAGCUCCUAAACGAGGCCAAGCAGGUGGUCUACGGCCCAGUCAAGCACGUGACCGAGGUAUACAACGGCAAGUACCAGCAGACCAGCGGCGGGUACGCCGUCGCCAGCGGCAAGGCGGCGGUCAUGACAGCGGCCGUCAUCACGGGCGAGGGCCUUGUCUACGCCGCGCGCAGCCUCCUCAAGUGGACCGAGUCCCUGCACCUCGGCGAAACCAUCAAGGCCAAGGUCGACAACCUCGAGGCCGCCGUCGCCCGGCAAGAGCAGAACGCCGAGUCUCAGAACGGACGCCAGCCGAAGAGCGCGAGCUCUUGAGAAGGUGUGGUGUGGGCAUAAUCGGUGGCAGAUCUAGUAGGCGUCAAACGUCAAACCCCCAAAAACUCUCAACUACAGCAAAGAGACAGCGGCUAGUCCUGUGGAUGGUGAGAAAGUGCAUAUUGCCGGAUCGGAAUGGAGGGAGCUGGAGCUUUAUCCUGGGAUUUCGGAUGUGCCUCGACGGCGAAAGGAGCCCCUCAUUGGGCUUCGGAGCCACUCAGUGCAGGCUUCUCCUUGGUGAAGAUUAAUAUCGUUCUAGUAGGAUGGAAACUGUCUGAUUAAGGCGCGGGUUGGUAAAUAUGGAAUAGAGAGAUAAUUACUCUCAUGA